ACCACGCCCCCUCGAUGUAACCACGCCUCAUCGCAGACCACGUUCCAUCGCUGAGCGUAAAAAGCCACGUCCUUGCCUAAACCUGCCCCUCAGUCCUCCCCGUCACGUGACCGCCCGGCCGCCGGGGCGUGGCGGUGCUGUGGGUGCCGGUGGGCGCACGCCAGGCCGACAGCGAUGGCGGCGGCGGCGGCGGCGGCGGCGGAACGGAGCCGCCUUAGCUUCCCGGGCGGGGCUGGGGCCCUGGGGCGCCCCGUGCCUAUGAACCUCUUCGCCACCUGGGAGAUCGACGGUUCCAGCCCGAGCUGCGUCCCCAGGUUGUGCAGCUUGACAUUAAAGAAACUGGUAGUCUUAAAGGAAUUGGAUAAGGAGCUUAUUUCUGGGGUCAUUGCUGUCAAAAUGCAGGGCUCCAAGCGCAUCCUGCGGUCUCAUGAGAUUGUGUUGCCCCCGAGUGGACAUGUGGAGACAGAGCUUGCACUGACCUUCUCACUGCAGGUUGUGCUUUGUGUGUUUGGCUGUGGAAGUGAAAGCCAAGAGUACCCUCACUUCUUGAAGAGAGAAGGCAACAAGCUUCAGAUCAUGCUGCAGCGGCGGAAGCGGUACAAGAACCGAACAAUUUUAGGCUACAAGACUCUGGCUGUGGGGUCUAUCAACAUGGCUGAGGUCAUGCAGCACCCGACAGAAGGUGGCCGGGUCCUGAGCCUUUUCAGCAACAUCAAAGAGACUGCAGUGAAGGUGGCAGAAAUCUGGAUCUUCUCCUUGUCAAGUCAGCCAAUUGACCACGAAGAUAGCACUAUGCAGGCCAGCCAGAAAAUCAAGUCUACAGACAACUAUUCCGAGGAAGAGUACGAGAGCUUCUCUUCUGAGCAGGAGGCCAGUGAUGAUGCCGUACAGGGCCAGGAUUUGGAUGAUGAUGAGUACGAGCUGGGGAAGCCCAAGAAGCAGCGGAGAUCGAUAGUAAGAACGACGUCCAUAACCAGGCAACAAAACUUCAAACAGAAGGUUGUGGCAUUGCUGAAAAGGUUUAAAGUGUCUGAUGAGGUUCUGGAUUCAGAGCAGGACCCAGCAGAGCAUGUUCCAGAGGUGGAGGAGGACUUGGACCUUCUGUAUGACACGCUGGAUAUAGAGAACCCCAGUGACAGUGGGCCAGAAAUGGAGGAUGAUGACAGUGUCCUGAGCACUCCAAAGCCAAAGUUGAAACCUUAUUUUGAAGGACUGUCACACUCCAGCUCUCAGACAGAAAUUGGUAGCAUCCACAGCAUCAGGAGCCAGAGAGAGCCAUCAAGCCCUCAGGUGGAAGUGCCUGAAAAGACAAAGAGUCUUGGAACCAAACAUGCAGGCGACAGUAUUUCUGACACUGUCACUUACGAGUCCAACCAGCAAGCUGAAGUCCAUGAAGCUGAACUUCCCACACCAGAUGUGUUUGUUGAGAAGCUCCCACCCAGUGGAAAGAUCACUAAGACAGAGUCUCUCAUCAUUCCACCCACCAGCAGGUCUGAAGGGAAGCAGACAGGACGUCGGGGAAGGAGCACGUCUCUGAAGGAGAGGCAGCCGGUGAGGCCGCAGAAUGAGAGAGCAAACAGUCUGGACAAUGAACGCUCUCCGGACACCCGGCACCACUUACAGAUCCCCAGGAAAACGGUGUAUGACCAGCUAAAUCACAUCCUGGUUUCUGACGACCAGCUGCCAGAAAACAUUAUUCUUGUCAAUACUUCUGACUGGCAAGGCCAGUACCUGUCGGAUGUCUUGCAAAAGCAUACCUUGCCAGUGGUCUGCACAUGCUCCUCGGCUGAUAUUCAGGCAGCUUUCAGCACUAUUGUCUCCAGGAUACAAAGAUACUGUAACUGCAAUUCACAACCUCCAAACCCAAUUAAAAUUGCAGUGGCUGGAGCCCAGAAUUACCUCAGUGCUGUAUUGAGGCUCUUUGUAGACCAGCUGUCUCAUAAAACCCCGGACUGGCUCAGCUACAUGAGAUUUUUGAUCAUCCCGCUAGGCUCUCAUCCAGUGGCCAAGUAUCUGGGGUCUGUAGAUUAUAGAUACAACAACUUCUUCCAAGAUCUAGCCUGGAGAGACCUGUUCAACAAACUUGAAGCACAGACCACUGUUUCAGAAGCACCUGAUGUUGUCUCACGGAUAACGCAAUAUAUAGCAGGGGCAAACUGUGCACACCAGUUGCCUAUUGCUGAAGCAAUGCUGACGUACAAGCAGAAAAGGAAAAAGAGCUUUCAUUUUGAUUUUGCAAUAAGCCCUGACGAAGAAUCUUCGCAGAAGUUCAUUCCCUUUGUUGGGGUGGUGAAGGUUGGAAUAGUGGAACAGUCUUCUGCAACAUCAGGUGACUCUGAUGAUGCAGCUCCCUCAAGCUCCAGUGUCCUUUCUUCUACCCCACCUUCUGUGUCUCCUGCUGUGAAGGAAGCCUCCCCCACACCACCUUCAUCACCAUCUGUCACAGGCAGCUUCUCAUCCUCAAGCCAGAGCCUUGGUGCUGAGUUGAUGGGUCUGCAAGUGGAUUACUGGAUUGCAGCUCCACCUGUGGACAGAAAGAGAGACCCAGAGAAGAAGGACCCCUCCACUACCAAAAACACACUGAAAUGCACUUUCCGGUCCCUCCAGGUCAGCAGGUUACCUGCCAGCGGUGAGAUUGCCACCACUCCAACCAUGUCCAUGACCGUCGUGACAAAAGAGAAGAACAAGAAAGUGAUGUUUUUGCCCAAGAAAACAAAAGACAAGGAAGUUGAGUCCAAGAGCCAGUGUAUUGAAGGAAUCAGCAGGUUGAUUUGCACAGCGAAACAUCAGCAGAACAUGCUGCGUGUCCUGAUCGAUGGGGUGGAGUGGAAUGACGUCAAGUUCUUUCAGCUGGCAGCACAGUGGUCUUCUCAUGUCAAGCACUUUCCCAUCUGCAUAUUUGGACACUCCAAGUCUAACUUCUAGCCAUGCUCGGCAGAGAGACCUUCUGUCCGUCCUGGGGACUGCACACCAGGAGCCAGGAAUUGCGUGCCAACUACGACUUGCAUUGCUCUGCCCUCUCCUGCAGAAUUAAUUACAGAUGUGCUUGGAUUACUUUUUUCUAUUAACUUUUAAGUUUACUAAGAGGGAAGGAAAUCCCUUUAAACAAAGGCAAAAAAACAAAGGCAUCUUAAAUAUAGAUGUGCUGACAUGAAGUCAUGGUGGGGUUGGCAGGAGUAGGUAGCCUGCCCAAGAACACCUCCCGCUUACAAGCAGAUAGCUGAAUAACUGCACUGCUUAUUAACCUGAGACCUCAUUGGUGUGAGUGGGCUGGGGAGCAGUCUCAAACAGAUUUUGUAGAAGAACGUGUGUUGCAAUGCAUUUGGUCCCCUCCCUCUGUAUUUCUGGAGAAAAAAAGAUGGCCACUCUUCCUGCUGCCAAAGGAUGAGAGGUCAGUGAGUCUGGAGGGAGUUAACUGUCCGGUUUGGAAAACAGACCACUUGUGUAUCUAGAGGGGUCUGGAGAGGGCCCCCUUUGCAGUGUGGAGUCUGCCAUGAUGACAGGCAGGGCUUGUGCUGAAGUGAUGCCUGAGGAAGGUUGGGCAGGAAUGGGAAUUAGGGAAACACUAGGUGUAAGGGAACUCCAGUGUCUCAGGUCUGUGACAAUGACCAAACAGAGCCAGUCAUGAUGUCCCUGCAGCGGGCUGUGCUGCCAAGGAACGCCACGUCAGUGAGGUCGCUGCUAUUUACAUGUACCAGUUAUUUACCUGUCAAUAAAACCUCAUCCGGCCUCUAAAGGGAAAGGAUUUUUUUUAAAGCUGCAGAUUUUUUUUUUAAUGCUUUCUAAAAAAAAAAAGAGAGAAAAUAAAAAUAUGAGCUAAAGGAAAAUUAAGUUGCCAAAAAAACAAAUCCAAGGAGCUGAGCCAUUGUCUGUGAAGUGGUGCAUCACUGUAGUGGCUGGACUGGGAGCCAGCCAGCACUCUGCAUAUCCAGCUGCCUUCCUGUUCAUCUGUCAAACUGCACACUGGAGGUAGCGUGGGCUGCUUUAUCUGCUCUGCCUUUGUCCUGCCCUGACUGCGCUGUGCUCCCCAGAGCCUGCUGCAGUCUCCCUUGGGCACCUCACUGGUCUGGGCGCAGACCACCCGGCCUCAGGGCUGCUGCCUGAAUGCACUUUUGCCAUGCCUUGAGCACCCUGGGACCUCCUCCUUGUAGGAGGUGAGAGGCCAUAACAGAAACGAAAGGCACCGGGAGUUACCAGCGGUCUGCUCCAGCUGUUGUCCUUACCUUCUGCUUUCUGAAUGUUCCUCCCCACAGGCAUUUCUCUGCGCAGUGCAUCCCUUCCCCAGCAGGAUAUGCUUUUGCCCUGGCACAGUAUUGCCUGUGGGUUGGAGAUUUGCUAGGGUUUCAGUGGUGCUGGGACGUGGGAAAGGAUAUUCUCCUUUGGCAGGAAGGUGACCCAGGAGAUGGAAGAGCAUGAAUUUUGGGUGUCUUGCACUGCUGGCUGGCUUGGCUCUGGUUGUGCUUGUAUUGACUUUGAACAUCCUCCUGCUGCCAGGGACACUUGAGGCACCAGGACAAAGAGAAUACUUUCACAAGGAGACAGCCUGGCCAGCUGCAGGUCUGGGUGGCUCCGGGUGCUGCAGAUAUGGCCUUCUGCUCUCUGUGCCCUGCAGGCUGUGCAGGUGGUGCAUGGCUUUGGGGAGCAGGAUGUGCUUGCCAUGUGGAAGAGCAGACAUCUCUGGCAUUUCAGGAGACUGAAGUUUUUGGUGGGAUCUUUGUGGCCAGUCUCUAUGGGUGUUUCUAGAAAGCGCUUUCCAAGGGCAGUGAUGCAUUUGAGACUUUAGUGGUGUCUGCUAGGCAAUAACUUUUUCCCCUUUUUUUUUUCUGUUUUUGUUUGUUUGUUUUUUGUCCAAUCCCUUACCUGUGGGUUUUGAAGGCUUGGGGAAGCUGCCCUGCCCUGCUUGGUGGGCCCUGCUCUGCGCGGGGACCACCCGGGCAGUGGGCCAGGCAGUGGGAUAGGAUGUGCUCUGUUAGGUCCGCUGCAGAUCAGGAGUGAGAGGUUGUUGGGAAGAGUGUAGUCCCUGCUGGAUCCAGUGCCUGUUGCAGCUCAAACAGGGGCUGCGUCACCAACCAAUUUCCUAAAACUCUUUCCCACCUCAAGUGCAACCUAGUUGGCCAGGGACUGGGUAUUCCCUCAAGCCACACAGGGGAGGAGGACAUGGUGCCGUUCCUGGUGAUGUGCUUCUAGGCAGGCCAUAUUGUCUAGCUGCAAUACUGUUUCUUCCUGCAGGCAAGUCUGCGGUCUGUCUGCUCUUGGCUGUGGCAGAAGCUCAGCUCCAGCUUGAACAUAAUCGUGUCCAUCAGUUUGUGCAUCUUCGGUUGACCUGAGUUGGUGCCCUGGGACUGUAUCAUGUUGCCUAGCAGCAGUAGCAUGGGAGAUAGUAUAUAAGCACAUCACUUUCUUUAUUGAGGCUGUUACAAAAAAACCCAAAAAACAAGUGCUUUUUAAAGGAAAUUAGUUGGCGUAUGAUUUCUUUGAGUCUCACUCUGGUGUGACGGGAGCAAUUGGGCUGGGCUACAGUGUCAGGAGCCACACGUGGCCUGGGCAGCUCUUGGAGCUGCAGUUAGUGCUGCAGAGGCGGGGGACUGACCGACUGCAAUAACUUUGUUUACCGGGGGUGAGGUGGGGGAACCAUCACUGUGCUCCUCUUUGCAUUUCAGCCUACUGUAAAGAAACAAAGGACAGGUUUUCCAGGGUCCUGCCUAUCAAAUGCGUGUUGCCCUGCUCUACUGUGUGUGUGCGUUUUUAUGUGUGUGUGUGUGUAUGUGCGAGAGAAACACUUCUGCUCCUUGCAUUUCACGUUGGUUUGUGAUUUGUUCUAACUUUAUACAAGUGAAUUCUCUGGGAAACUCGCUGGGCGCCUGAGACCUGGGGGCAUGUGUCUCCAUGGGGUUUCUCCCUGUAGAGAGCUGUAAUUGCUCUGAAAUGCCUCUCCCAUGCAAGGAAACAUCCUGGCUUCUGGGCCUCAUCCUCCUGGAGUCUGGCAGCAGCAGGCUGGGCCUGCCUGCAGCAUCGCUGUACCUAGGGGGCUAUGGCCUUGCAGACAAGGGCUGGCGAGUGAGCUUGGUGGUGCUGCUGCAGUCAGGGUGCUGCUUGUUAUUCUUGUAUUGCAUGGAGCCACUUCAUGCAGCUCUUUCUGUCCCUGAUGAGGCGAAACAGCCUUCUAUCACUAAGCAAAAUGAGUGUUGAAGCAUUCAUGUGGCUCAGGCCACUUUGGGAAUGGGCUUUGCACCUGCUGACAUGUACUGAUCUCUGGUCUCCCAACCUCCCCAACAGUUUUCCUCCUGCAAGCAAGCCCUGCAGGCUGGAGGGAUCCUUCCUCUGGAGCCUGGGAGAGCUGCCAGACAGGGAUGGGCUGCUACCUGUGCCAGCCUAGGGGGGUUUGGUGGUGGUGUACAAGGUGGUGAAUAUAGAAGCAUGUCUUAGAACUGAGACAGCACACCUCUGUGCUUGGCUCUUUAGGGUUUUGGUGAGGAAGGUACUACUUAAAUAAAUGCGGUGGCUUUCUCUCACCCACCUGUGUUAGAUGGGGCUUUCUGUGGAGCCACACCAUCUGACGGCAAAGGUGGGGACUGGAGCGGGCAGCAUCUGAGCUAUCUCUGGCCGGGAAGCGCUUUGUGAAGGUGGUGUCCCCAGGGCUCCUUGUCCCUUUGCAUCCUAUGGCUCACUUCCUGUGGAGCCCAUCUCUCCCACUACCCUGGCUGUGGUUUCUUAAAGCAGCCAGUUGCUUUUCCAGCCACUCUUGGGCAAAGUGGUCCCUGCCUCACUCAGAGAUGAGGUAUCAGGAAUGGGCUCCCUGCUGCACUGGGCUGUGCGAUGCUGACCUACUUUAGCAGUGCUGACGAGCAGAUGAAAGAUGGAAGGGUUUUGUGGUGUCGUAAUUCUCCUUAAAUGCUUCCUGGUCCUCUGUGUUGUUUCCUGGAGACAAAGGCCGGUGUUUGAUCAGCUGCUGGCUCUUUUUGUGGCAGCUGUUUUAGCUGAGCACCACAGUUUUCUUCCAGUUCAGUUGUUACUGUUUACAUCUGGACAGUAACUGCAGAGUCCUGCUUAAUUGCACGUGAGUUUGGGGAGAGCCACUGUCUCUUUGGCUGUGUUGUGCUGCUUUAAUUAGCACACGCUGUGGCUUUAUCCUGCAGAGGGCACGGCUAGGUGGAUGGUAGGUUUCUGGGGCUGGAGGAGAUACACUUUUGUUUUCUAUCAUCAGAUUUGGCUGAGAACCACACUACUUUGUGCUUAACCUGUGACUGCAGUGAAGGCCCUGUUGUGUUUCUCAGCAGCAGCGCAUGCUGGAGGGAGCACUGGAGAGCUGAGUCAGGGGCAUCAUGCCUGGCACCUCUGAGCUCAGAAGAAAAUACUGGUGAGAGGCAGCAGAGCCGGUGGCCUUCUGCUCCUUGAUGUGCUGAGGGAUCAGGAAGACUGGGAUUAGGGCAGUACUGCCAAGCAGUGGUAGAGAGCUGGGGGCCGUGGAGUGCCAUGCUUUUGUCACCUUUGUUCAGGUGUCUCAGUCUUGGCGGAUAAGCUAUGUGGUGGCAUUUAGUGUGACACUCCCUCUGGGCUUAUCUGGCAGGGAGAAUGCCAGAAAUGAGCAGAAGCAUCUCCCAGAUGUUUCCUGGCGCCUCGUUAGUGGGGUUCUUGCAGGAGAUGCUCCUGGCAGGGCUGGCUCCUGCAGGGUCCCCUGCCUGCUUUGGGCCAGACUGGGUGUGAAGGGGCUCUGCUAGCCUGGAAAGCAGCGAGUUGCUGGCUUCUUUAAUGAAGAACACUGCUUUGCGCCUUGGCCGGAGAGUUACCUGUGUACAUGCUGAAGCACCUUGUGAGCGUGGGUACUGCCAGCCUUGUCCAGACCACAGUGCGUGAGGGGACAUUACCACUUUGUAGGUUCCCAAGUUGCCCAUGUGUUUCGUUGUUGUAUUAUUUGGGUUCUAGGGGUUUUUUUUUAUGAAGACAGAUUUAAAUGUAAAUAGGCUUUUUGUUUGUUUGGUUGGUUUUUUUUGGAACAAACUGCAAUGUGCUCAACCUUGUCAACUAUUUUAUGGUACUAAUGCAACACUAAUAAAACUGGACAU